CACUGAUUAACAAUACUUGAUUUUUCAUUCACAGUUUAAAACACAAGAUGGAUUCCCAAAACGCAAGCUAUAAUGCUGGGCAAGCAAAGGGCCAAGCUCAGGAAAAGGCUAGCAACAUGAUGGACAAGGCCAGUGAUGCUGCUCAUUCUGCUCAAGACUCCAUGCAACAGGGUGGACAACAAAUGAAAGAAAAGGCACAAGGAGCUGCUGAUUCUAUCAAGAGUGCUUUGAAUUCAAAAAAUUAAUGAAGCCAAAUGGAUAAUUAAUUAUGUUCGACUUCCCUUCCCUUCAAUAAAUCUUAUUUCUAUUCAUCUACAUAUGUUGUAGAAACAUAUUUUUUUAUUUGAGAUAAAUUAAUUUUAUUUAUAAUUGAUAAUAUA